CCUCAAGAAGCUAAUAAUUAUAUAAUAUGAAUCUUCUAUGAACAGAUCCCAGAUCCCACACGAUUAUCUAUGCCAAAUACAAACCAUAAUAUUGUACAGUACAACACCAACACCAACACCUUACGUUACAGCUUUUUGUUAACAUCCGAAUCAUACCUUGCAACUCCACGCAUGGCCUCCUUACAUGGCAACCAUAACUCCGGCCAAAGCACUCGCCGCGACCCCCAGCAACACCAUCCCCGUGCACCUCGCCCCCGCCGCCCCAGCCGUGCUCGCACCACUAGCCGCCGCAGUGGCCUCAGCCCUAACACUACUUUCAGCGCCCGUCCAGUGCGCGUUGAACUCACCAACCUCGGUCUGGUACGACGUCGGUACAUCAUUCGUAAACCACUCAUUCGUCGUAACUGCCGCCCAGCCAAACGCCGAUUCAUCCAAGCUUUGCUCUACUGCCGGUCCAGCUGCGUCGCCCGCACUGUAGAUAGCCGACGUGAUAAGCUGGUAGUCAGGCCGCUCCACGAAGGAUUUAUCGACGCUGUAGAGGGCGCUGGCCAGAGAGGUGAAGAAUGUCCCGGUGGCCCAGGUGGGUUGGGGACCGGAGGUCGGGUAGGCGUAGGACAUGUAAGACGAGGCGUCGACCGAGGCCGGGAGGGUGAGGGGGGCAAGAGUGGAAGUGCUGCUGGGCGCAGCCGUGGUGGUAGGAGUUGGUGUGGUACCGCUGCUUGUGGACGUUGGUGAGGGGAUGGGAGUGCUUGAUGUGGUGGAGCUGAUGAAUGUACUCGUGGCUGACUCAAUUGUUGAUGAGUUGGUCAAGUCGGUUGUGGUGAGGACGGAGGAUGCCGAUGUAUUUGUCAGCGCCGUAUC